GUGUGAAGCCAUCCCAUAGUGGAAAACCUGACCCAUUGUUUACUUGCGGUGAUCAGUUCGGCUACUACCCAGACCCAGAGGACUGCAGCCAGUACUACGUCUGCGUAUUCGGGGACGCUCUGCAUGAGAGCUGUACGGGUGGCUUGUACUUCAGCACUGAGCUACAAACCUGUGACUGGCCGUCAAAUAGCAAGUGCGGUGGCGGAUCUACGACAAACGAACAGGACAGUGAGAGUUUUAGACAGAGUGGCGAUGUCUUCUUAAGUAACAGGCGUAACCAAGGACCUUCUCGUGAUCAACGACCAGCAUCCAGUACUGGGGAGCCAGUAAGGGGGAAACCUGCCCCGCGACCAGGCAUAACAAGGUUGCUAACAGGCACCCUUGCAAAUAAUAGUACACCACCUCCAACAUUUCCUCUUCCUUCAAAUCCUCCUGAUGAGGUUCCUGCUCUGAAACCACCCCAACAGAACAACAAUCAAAAUCAAUAUGCUAAUAAAUACCCAGGAAGCCAGGAUGAGAUCAGCCAUCCAUCCCAAAAUACUUACGAUUCCGGGUAUCAUGGGGCCCAAGACCCAUCCCAGAAUACAGAAGUUAUGUCUUCUGACAUUAAACCUGAAAGAAGAGCUCGUGGUGAAGACUUUGGAAAUGGUCGAUCGAAAGUUGUAUCUGAUCUUAAUGUGUUUAUUAAACCUCUUUUUGACAACAAUGGGAACAUAGAUGUGGACAGUCAGAUGUUCAAAGAGCUACCUAGAGGACCCGUAGCACAUGGUACCCAAAAUAAUGGUAAGCCCAAGGAUCCAGAUGCGAAUCCAUAUUCUAGGAUAGAAGAAAAUAAUCCUUCUCUUGUUCUUGGUAAUUAUGAUGAUUCUCAAACAUUCUCAGAUACCAAUGGGAAGCAGGAACAUCCGGACACUCUGUUGGCUUACAGCAAUAGUCCCGACAACUAUCCAGACUCUGAUGUUCCUUCAACCUUUACCAACAACAGAAAUGCCCCUCGUGACUCUGACGAACAUGCAGUUUACAAUAGUGAAACCGGUUUUCUGGCCAAUGGAAAAACUUUACCAUCAUUUAGCAGAAACAAUGGUAAACACGGAGAUGUAGAUGUACUCAGACCAAUGUCUAGAAAUAAUGGGCAAAGUAAAGAUCCAGAUACAAUAUCGCCUCUAUCAAAAAAUAAUGGGCACUCUAAAGACCCUGAUACGGUUUCUUCCUUAUUGAAUAACAAUGGUCAUUCCAAAGAUCCUGACAUCAAACCGCCAAACUCGAUACCCACUGCUUCUCCCGAAAGGCUUCGUGAACUGUACGACCAACCCUCUAGGAACCAUCGUCCUGCUUAUAAUGGACCAAGACAGUCUUUAUCUGGUCCAGACAGUUUGGACGCCCAGUUUGGCACUAAUCCUACCAUUUUAAGUCUACCAGACACUCCUAAUCAGCGUACUUACAAUCAACCCAGAGACAAGUUUACUCCCGCUCAAAAUUCCAAUCCUCCACGAGCUGAGGGUGUUCUAGUUGAUAAUAAUUCUCCUCUUCUCAACUACAAGAACUCUGGUGAUUCUUACCAAUACAACUACGAGUAUUUUGAUGACUACGAACCAACAAGUGGAAUUCCACACUCCAAGGUGAGUUCCCGUAAACCAAGUAGACCUUCAAUACCCAAGCCAGCAACAACAACAACAACCAUUUCUACAACUACUAAUGGUACCACGCCCACCAUGAUUACUCCAGUUGCUUCUACUCAGUCACAAAUCAAGCGUGCAGAUUCUUCUCCUACCCUCCCUGCCAGGCCCCUGUCUGUGUAUCCUACACCAACUCCUCUAGCGGCAGCAACUAGAUGUAGCCCUAACACGUGCCGUUUUCCAGACUGCCGUUGUGGGGGAACAGACAUCCCAGAGAACCUUCCGGUCAGCGAGGUUCCACAAGUGGUUCUUCUUACCUUUGAUGAUGCCGUGAAUGAUUUAAACUAUGAUUUAUACAAAGAAAUUUUUACUGGACGAAAAAACCCAAAUGGUUGUCCCAUAUUGGGCACUUUUUAUGUGUCCCAUGAGUGGACAGAUUAUGGACAAGUUCAAACUCUUUACUCUGAGGGCCACGAGAUGGCGUCUCACUCCAUUAGUCACAGUUAUGGGGAAAAGUUUUCCAAAAACAGGUGGCUCAAAGAGGUACAGGGCCAACGGGAGAUCCUCCAUCUUUACGGAGGAGUUAAGAUUGAGGACAUCCGAGGAAUGAGAGCACCGUUUCUACAGAUCGGUGGUAACAAAAUGUUUGAGAUGCUAUACGACGCCAAUUUCACCUAUGAUUCUUCCAUGCCUGUGUUCGAGAAUAACCCUCCAUUCUGGCCCUACACUCUAGACUACGCUAUCAAACACGAGUGUAUGAUUACUCCUUGCCCGAACAAGUCCUUUCCUGGACUCUGGGAGGUGGGAAUGGUGAUGUGGGUGGACUUGAAGGGUGGUCGCUGUUCCAUGGCCGAUGCUUGUUCGAAUUCUCAGGACGAGGAAGGAAUUGUGAAAUUUCUCAGCCAAAACUUCUAUCGUCACUACAACACCAACCGGGCUCCGUUCGGUUUAUUCUACCAUUCGGCCUGGUUUACUAACGCUCAUCACAGAAAGGGAUUCAUGAAGUUCCUAGACGAGAUCCUCAGCAAAGGCGACGUCUGGCUAAUCACUAACUGGCAGCUUAUCCAAUGGUUGCGAAACCCUACGCCUAAGUCUAAAUUAAACAGUUUCGAACCCUGGCAGUGUAAACGAAAUGACCGUCCCCCUCCUUGCCAUAAUCCCACGGUGUGUAAUGUGUGGGACAAGGACGGCAUACGAUAUAUGAAGACGUGUCAGAACUGUCCGAAGCAUUAUCCCUGGGUGGGGAACACUGGUUACAAGGAAGAUGGGUAA